AUGCCCAAAGCAAGGACGAAGAAGGAUGAGGCCAUCGAGCCCGGGUCCGACAUCGUGAUGGACGAGGUGCCGACUUCUCACCAGCCGGAGACUCGGGAUGGCAUGUCUGUGGAUGAUGACGACGUGGAUGAAGAGGGGGGCGACCUUGAGAUGGACGAAAAUGAAGAAGAAGAGGAGGAAGAGGAAGAUGUCCAAAGAGUGAGAAUUCUCCCUGGCUCAACUCCUACCGCUGCCUCUUUUGAGUUUCUCAACGAAGGGCACACACUCGGCAAUGCAUUACGCUACAUCAUCAUGAAGAACCCGGAUGUUGAGUUCUGUGCAUAUGCUAUCCCCCAUCCUUCUGAGGCCAAAAUGAACGUCCGGAUCCAAACUUUCGAGGGCACAACGGCCACUCAGGCCUUGGAGAAGGGAUUGCAGGACCUGCAAGAACUUUGUGACGUCGUGACGGACAAGUUCGUUGAGGCCAGGGACAAAUUCAAGGCUGCUGCUUGA